CGGUUCGACCUGAAAAUUCUUCUACCGGCAGCAAAACCGGUAGGCGGUAUUUAGCGGUUGAAUCAUGAUUAAAUCACGAUUUUAGAAUAAAAUACCCUACCGUUGACUUUUCCGGUACGACCUCCAAUACGGUAUUUCAAUCCUUGGUAUAUAAUCCUAUUAGUGGCCAUUAAACAAAUAACACAUAAUCACUUUCUUCCAAGUUAGAACCUGAAAGUUAAAUAAGAUCAAUGAAAAUGUGGAAUUAGAAGAAUAAAUUGUAAAUAUUUUUUUUAUUGUGUUACUAAACGCAAUUUGGUGGCACUUUUACUACUUCAAUGUUAAUUCUCAAUUUCUCCAUAUUUUUUUAGUUCCAACUUAAACUUCAAUGUAUUUUGGUAAAUAAUCAGCCAAAAAAAAAUUGGAUCACUAGGGGAAAAAAAUUCCAGAUGUGUGGGUUUCAAGGAUUUUGAGUUUUUGACAAACAUAGGAUUUCAGGCAAAUCCUUCCUGGGUGGAUUUGUGGGGCAAAUUCCUAAAGCUAAACCGAACUUGGACCCGGUUGCACCACACCAUUUGAGUGUUAUCAAUACUGGGCCUUGACCCAAACUCAUUCCUCAAAAUCUAACUAUGGGCCAAAAUUAACGGGUCCAGAAAAAAAAUGUGCCUUUAUUUUGACAAUGAAGCUGAUAACAGAAGGGCCGGCUGUCUGGUUGUUCUGAUAAGGAUGGGCUUCCGUUUUGGGCCUUUUUGAUGAAGGAAAAGGAAGAAGUGGGCCCGAACAUAAGGAAAGAAGUUGAAAGAAGGCCCAGCACUGUACCUGGUCUUCGAAAUUACGGGAAGGCUCCCCAGGAAUCAUGGCCGUACCAUUACGUAAACUCGUUCCACGCGUAUUCAAAAUUAGACUACCCCAACAUAUCUUAAUUUUUAACCUCCCCCCACAAAGAUAAUCAUAGAAGAAAGACAGAAGAAAGGAACAAAGUCGUAAUACAACGACACGUGGCCAUGUCCAACAAAGCCUAGCACUGUACGUGUCAUCACGCCAGAGUAACACGUAACUCUGGCUACCAGUCGUUAUCCCUUGAAGAUGAACUCUUUCAUUCCCCCUAUAAAAAGGAUGGCCUUCCUUUCCAACCCAGCCAAGCCAACUACUUCUGGAACUCGGACACGAGAAGCAAGUAGAGUUACACACAUGAAGAGAAUGUCGAUCAAGUCGAGUCUUCUGAUUCUGCUAUGCUGCCUUGCUCUGUUUUUCAUAUCAAGAUCGGUUGACGGAGAAGAGGUCAGGUCAAAUGUGAAGAGUCCGGCCGGUGGCGGUGAAGAUGGGGAUGGUAGUUCUGCACCACCAGCAAGCGGUUACUUGGACAGAAUCAAGGCUGCCGCCGGCUGGGCUCAGUCCUACUUCCUUCCUCCCGGCCUUAACUUUUUCACAGGCGGUGCUACGAAGAAAGCAGCGGGCAAGAUCAUCGACGGCGUGGAAGAAGGCGGUGGAGGAGGAAGUGGAGAGCGGGUGAAAGAGGCGGUGGCGAGGAGUAUAGAGAAAGGCAAAGAAACAAUGGAGAACACGGCGAAAUCGGCAGCCAGAAUGGCGACUAAAACCGCGCACGAAGCAAAGGAGAAGGUCAAGAGAACCAUAUCAGACGCCAAGACAGCAGAAGUAAAAGUCAGUGAUUACGAGGACGACGACGAGCUCUGAUUAGGUUCCAUUAAGGGUGA